AUGAUCCCUCCAGGUUUGGGGUGUGGGCUGGAACAGACUUCUCUCAGGCUGCAGCCAUCUGAGUUCACUAAUGGCUGCUUUCUGUGUGUGCUCGCUAGAGAGCCUGACCCCUCUAAGGUAGAAUCGGUGCAGGAUGUUUUGGCUCGGGCUGUUGCUAAAGGGCUACUGGAAGGUUUCGGCGCACCGCUGCCCACCCAUAAGGAGAAGCGUCGCCACCGCAUUAAGGCCCCUCCCGUGUGUCCUCCCUCUGUGCUCCUGGAGCCCCUUGAGGUGCCUGAGCCCACCUCCCCUCCCUCCCUCUGCCCCGUCUCUGACACCGCGACUGGGGAUGCUCCUGACAAAGUGGCUGUGUCGUCCUCAGAGCUCCUGCAGGCCACUAAGCCAAGGAGAAAGCACCGGCGCUCCAAAGCACCGCGUCCCCAGCGCAGCCACAAAAAGCACACCAGCAAGCACGCUAGCCGGCAAACACAGCCAGCUAAAGGCCCAGCCCAGCACAGAUCGCCUAGAGGUCAGGGAGUUCUCUCCUCCAAGCUAGGUGUACUGAAGCCCAGACAGGAAGUGCUCUUGUCUGGGAAGGAGCUGGCUGCUUCUAAACAGGAAGUGAUGAAACCAGAUCAGGAAGUGCCCAUGCGUCCAAAGGCUCAAGUCACAUCCAGACAUGAAUUACUGGACCCAAAACAGGAAGUGCUCUCCUCAAAGGACCGGCUUACCUCAACGCAUAAUGUGCUUAAGUUCAGACAGACGGUCUCACCAGGAAACAAACCGGUUACCUCAAAACACCAUGUGAAGAAGUCUAGAGGAGGAGUGGUCUCACCAGGACUAAGAAUGGCUAUGACCAGCCAAGAGGAGCAGAGGGGAAGUCAGCACACGCUGAUCGACUCUAGACAUGAUGUGACGAGGCCCACACAUGAACUGGGCAAGGCCCAAAGGAAGGAAGGAAGAUCCAGACCAGACGUCCGUGCACCGGAGGCUGUGAGGCCAGUGGAGCUGGUCCUGCCACCACUCCUUCUGAGCCACACUCGCCUCUCUCCCUCCCUCUCUCGCCUCAUGUCUUCCUCCUCUCAGUUUUCCACUACCUCCCACUCCAGUAGAGCCAGCUCAGCCCACUGGAACACAUAGUGUCCCCAGCUCAGCCCACUGGAACACAUAGUGUCCCCAGCUCAGCCCACUGGAACACAUAGUGGGCUGAUGUCUCAUCCAUUCAUUGUUGUGCUGAGGCCUCAUCCAUUCAUUUCAUACCAGCGAGUUACAGCUGGCUUUGCUUUUACCCCCAGUGUCAGGGCACAUCUUUUACCCCCAGUGUCAGGGCACAUCUUUUACCCCCAGUGUCAGGGCAAAUCUGUGCAGACCAAGUGAUCCA